GUCACUUGUCACACGGCGCCCCAUGAAGCUAACCUCAUGCACUGCACGUGUUGAUUAAUAAUAUAUACCUCUAUCCACAAAGUAGGACUGGUGAACAAAAUUUGUUCACUUUUAAUGAAUUAAAUACAUUCAGUUUAUAAUUUGAAAUAUUUCAUCUUCAAAGAUGACUGAUGUAUUGCAAUCAGGCACCGAGGUGUUUUCGGAAAAAAAGAAGAAGAAAAAUAAGGAAGGAACAGAAACAGUGACUCUGGGUGCAUAUCAAAAGUUAGGAGACUUUAAAAUCGAACCAUCAGAAAGUGUAACUAAGCUUGAUACAGCGUACUGGCCUCUGUUAUUGAAGAACUUCGAUCGCCUCAACGUCCGAACUAACCACUACACGCCGCUGUCCUUCGGUAGUUCGCCUCUAAAACGCUCGAUAUCUGAAUACGUGAAGUCAGGAUUCAUAAAUGUAGACAAACCCAGCAACCCUAGUUCUCACGAAGUCGUAUCAUGGAUAAAAAGAAUAUUAAAAGUGGAAAAAACCGGCCAUUCGGGAACUCUCGACCCUAAAGUAACAGGUUGUCUCAUCGUGUGCAUAGACAGAGCCACGAGAUUAGUUAAAUCACAGCAGAACGCUGGUAAGGAGUAUGUAGCCGUGUUCAAUUUACACUCGGCUGUGGAAAGUUUGAAGAAAGUCACUCAAGGCCUUGAAAAGCUGAGAGGAGCAUUGUUUCAGCGUCCUCCUUUAAUUUCAGCUGUGAAACGUCAACUCCGUGUACGUACAGUGUACGACAGUAAAUUACUAGAUUAUGACCAUGAACGUAAUAUUGGUGUGUUCUGGGUAAGCUGUGAGGCUGGUUCCUAUAUUCGUACGAUGUGCGUCCAUUUGGGCCUCAUGCUCGGUGUCGGUGGUCAAAUGAUUGAGCUCAGGAGAGUAAGAUCUGGUAUCCAGGGUGAGAAGGAAGGCAUGGUGAGCAUGCAUGAUAUAUUAGAUGCACAAUGGGCUUACGAAAACCAUAAAGACGAGACUUACUUAAGACGGGUUAUUAAACCUCUGGAAGGUUUAUUGGUUGCUCAUAAGAGAAUAUUCAUUAAGGACAGUGCAGUUAAUGCUGUGUGUUACGGUGCUAAAGUUCUCCUACCUGGAAUUUUGAGAUACGAAGACGGUAUCGAAGUUGAUCAAGAAAUAGUUAUUGUAACAACAAAAGGAGAAGCCGUUGCAUUAGCCAUAGCUCUCAUGACAACGUCAACGAUGGCAUCAUGUGACCACGGAGUAGCAGCCAAGUUAAAAAGGGUCAUCAUGGAAAGAGACACAUAUCCAAGAAAAUGGGGCUUAGGACCUAAAGCAUCGCAAAAGAAAAUAUUAAUACAGCAAGGUAAACUCGACAAAUAUGGUAAACCAAAUGAAAACACACCCUCUGAAUGGUUAAAUAGUUAUGUAGAUUACAAAGCAAAGAAAGAUGGAGAAAAUGGAAAUCUGGAUGCUGAUGCCAGUAGGAAGAGGACAGCAAGUGCGUCAAAUGCUGAGGAUCCUAAUAAUUCUGUUGAAGUAAAGUCAGACAAAAAGAAGAAGAAGAAAAAGCGUGAUACUGAAGCUAUGGAGGGUACAGAAGCAACCGAAGCAGACACAACAGUCGAUGCUGAUCAAACAACGGAAGCGGCUGAUGACUCAGUACGAAAAGAGAAGAAGAAAAAGAAGAAGAAGGACAAAGAUCAAGAGAGAGAAGAGGAAUAAAUAAACAUUUGCAGCUGUAUAUUUUUAAUAGAAGGGAAAUAUAUUGUUGUAUAACAAUAUUCUUAAUAAGAUUCAUGAAAAUAAUUUUAAGGCUGUAUAAGUUCCAAUCUUUGUUAAGAAAAUUAAAAAAUUAAAAAAAAUUGCAAUUUUCAUAAAACAUUUCAUUCAAAAAAACUUUUAAAAAUAUAAAUGUUAGUAAAAAUUUAGAAUCAGUGAAAUUUUAUUAUAUCAAUGUCAUUAAUAACAAAUUUUGUAUUAUUCAACUCAACACAACAGUCUUAUUGAAGAUUUUUUUUAUUGAAAACUAAUGUAAGUAAAAUAUAGGUUUAAGCAAUGAAAUAAAAAACUUUAUUUUUAAUAAAAAUUAACUUUAAUAUGUGUUACGGGUUAUAUUUGGUUGCAUUUACUAGUCCAUAUUAAAACUACGAAGUUUUUUGCCGAUUUAGAAACAUUCAUUUUCUGUUUGACUAAACUUAGCUCCAUUAGUAACUGAAAAAAAAACAUGUUUUUUAGGUUAUGUCGAACAUUCAGAGAAAUAUCUUAAUACCAGUGUAAGAGUUAAAAAAGUUUUUAGUUUAAGAAUAAAAACGUGAGAUAACUAUGAUAUAUCUAGUUAGUUUAAAUAGAUUUUGUACAAAGAUUGAAAGAAUGUCCAAAAAAUAUUUUGAGUUUUUAUUUUUUUUUAUAACGCAAAAACCAUUGGCACAUGUGUUCUAUGCCGACUGACGGAAGUAAAUAAAAAUAGCAUCAUAUUUUGAUUGGUUAAUUCUUUGUACAAAUUUUAUUUUAAGUUAACUGUAGUUAAGGUUUUAUUAUUGAAACUAUGUUGUUUAUCAACAUUAAAAUAUAAAGUUA